AUAUUUUAUGUUGUGCUCGAAACAAAAGCUGUUAAUUUCAUAAUUUCUUCUAAACAUUUUUUCCAACAGCUGUAAAUUUUUAAGUCGUUUAUUUUCUGAUAUUAUAAUGAGGUUAGCGCUGUCAAAAUUGUCUCUCUGAUUAUCUCCCUAGAUCAAAAUUCCUCUUGUUUGAAACUUCAGGUCGUGAUAGUAUUUUGCUGUUGUCGGCUCAGAAGCUUCGUGCAAUCUUAGUUUAGAAAAGUUUUAUAGAGAAUCCUAGCCAGAUUUUAGCAUAAAAUGUUUCCGUUGUGCGCCCAAGAAUUAGGAGGAGGGUAUUUAGUUGAUGACACAAUGCCACCAGACUUCAGCCUCUUGGAUCAUACGGAUAACUACAACAAAAAUUACGAACCCAGGAGGAAACGGCCUGAAAGUGAGCCGAAUAACGUUUUAUUAUUUACGAUUAUCAACCCAGUUUAUCCGAUCACAGUGGAUGUACUUCAUACUAUUUGCAAACCAAACGGCCAAGUGCUCCGUAUCGUCAUAUUCAAGAAGAAUGGUGUUCAAGCCAUGGUUGAGUUCGACAGUAUUGACACGGCCAAACGGGUGAAAGAAGCGCUUAACGGAGCUGACAUUUACGCGGGAUGCUGCACUCUGAAAAUAGAGUUUGCUAAGCCGACUAAACUGAAUGUCUACAAGAACGACAUGGAUAGUUGGGAUUACACGAACCCAAGCGGAAUGGAUGCCGAGUUGGCAAGGCAUUUGGAGGAAGAUCCAGAUUCUACUCCUUUCCUUCCUCAAACAUUACCGUUCCACCUUCCCUGUUGGAACUAUCGCCCAAGGGAUAAGCCUCCGGAGACUGCUCACACUAGGCAAGCCCCUCUCCUCCAGGAGCCUAGAUUUGGUGUCGCCCCUCAGCUGUACAACUUUGGGCCGGGAAAGAGCAAUUAUCAAGGAGGGCAAACUCAAUCCAAUUACAUGGACUUUGAAGAUAAUGCGUACACAAAUGGGCGGCCCUCUGCCUAUGGUGACUACGUGAGCGAGCGCUACCCACCGGCUCCAGUUGACAAGUUUGUUUCACCACCGAUUUCUCCUCGCAUGUUCCUUGAUGUCCUAGCUUCUUCACGUAGGUUUAUGGUAAAAGGCGUGCCAGGGCGUGAAGGUCUUGUGGCCCCUCCACCGCCACCUCCACCACCUAGAGGUGGUACCUUCCAAGAUCUUGCACCAACUAAUGGUGUUCCAGGAGGUGCAGGCUGUGUCCUGAUGGCAUAUGGCCUUGACCCUAACAAAGCUAACCCUGACAAGUUGUUCAAUCUUUUCUGUUUGUAUGGAAAUGUCAUAAGGGUUAAGUUUUUAAAGACGAAAGAAGGAUGUGCAAUGGUACAAAUGGGUGACAACAUUUCAGUUGAAAGGUGUAUAAAUCAUCUAAAGAAUAUGCCACUUUUUGGAGGCACUCUGCAAUUAGGAUAUUCCAAGCAGACAUUUUUGAGUCAAGUUGCACAGCCUUAUAAUUUGCCAGACAACAGUGUCUCUUUCAAAGAUUUUGCAGCAAGUAAAAAUAACCGAUUCAUGAACCCCAGUAUGGCCAGCAAGAAUCGAAUCCAGGGGCCAGCAAAAAUUCUUCAUUUCUUCAACACCCCCCCUGAUAUAACAGAGGAACAAUUGCUCGCUGUUAUCGAAGAAAAAGAAGUAAACAAACCAUCCCAGAUUAAACUUUUCCCAAAGAAAGAUAGAAGUUCUUCUGGGUUAAUGGAAUUUGACAAUCUCGAAGAUGCUGUAAACUGUCUCGUCAAUUGCAAUCACGUUCCAAUUAAAAACCCAGAGAGCAAAUUUCCUUAUAUGAUGAAGUUGUGCUUCUCUUCAUCUCGCACGAUACGGUCACCACCAAACGGGUCAGGAAUGAAAGAUGAAGCACAGCAGUAGGAGCUUAAUGGGAAACUCCUUCUGCACUAGCAGUUCUCAGUUUAUGUCAAUUACUAUUCAUAUAAGAGUCUUAAGUGAAUUGCAAAAAAAAUUACCAAAAAAAAACUAUAAGUACCAAACCCUUCUUAUAAUAAUUGAUUUAAAAAAAUGAAUACAAUUGAAGUAUACUUAAAAAUACAAAAUUUAAAAA